AAAAUAUAACCCAAAAAAUAAUAAUAAUAACAAUAAUAAUCGUAUAAAUAAUGUCACCCCGUUGCAAACACGCACUCCGCAUCGGCCCAGACAACAACAACGAGGAGGCCAAGACGGAGGGCUGGUGGGACACAUUGUGAAGCUGGAACUGAAGCUGUUGGCCGAUGUGGGUCUGGUGGGCUUCCCUAACGCUGGCAAGUCCACACUGCUGUGGGCCAUCUCCAGGGCCAGACCCAAGGUGGCCAGCUACCCCUUCAUGACGCUGCAGCCGACCCUGGGUGUGGUGGAGUACAGUGACAUGCGGCGGCUGACCAUCGCUGACCUGCCAGGACUCAUUGAGGGUGCCUGGGCCAACGUGGGGAUGGGGCACCGCUUCCUGCGCCACGUGGAGCGGACACACUUCCUCCUCUUUGUGGUGGACAUCAACGGCUUCCGGCUGUCACCCAAACAGCCAUACCGCUCACCCACCGAGAAUGUCAUGCUGGUCAACAGGGAGUUGGAGCUGUAUUCACCUGACCUGCUGAGUAAGCCAGCACUCCUUAUGGUGAAUAAGAUGGACUCUCCCAAUGCUGAGUCUCGCCUGCAGGAACUCCUUCACAACAUUAAGAAGAUGGAGGGAUAUUUGAACCAGAAACCAAAGCCAGCACAACCCACUUCAAAGCUUCCUUGGAGGGUUUCUAUGGAUUCAUUCUAGAGAAACUGGUCACUGAGAAAUUUUCAGACUCCUCAUUGGCCUUCCCAAGCACCAGCAGUUUUAGCACAAUGGCACAAGACAGGUAGGACAUGGUGCCUCUCGACCUCGAGCUUCUGGCUGAGCUGGAGGAGGAAGCAACCUCUCAUUAUACUGAGGAGGAUAACCAGUUUACAGAGCACUGCAAGAAGAGCCUGCCUAAGCCGCCAAUACUCCCUGCUGACAGAUUUGACCGCAACAGACAGUGCAGAGGCAACUUUAGGCAUCAAGACUACAGGAAGGAAGGAGGCUGCAGGGAUCAAGGGGAGUACAGAGGUCAUGGGAAUUAUAGGGAUCGUGGGAAUUACAGGGAUCACAGGAGGGAAUAUUCUGACCACAGGCAAGGGAGGUUUGUCAGUGACCACAGAGAUCAUGAUGACAGCAGAAGGGAUAGCGAGAAGAGGAAGUACAGGUCUGAGAAGGAGAGUGAUGAGUAUGGAAGAAGGAAUUACCAGUCCAGCAAAUACUACAAUGGGUGGGGGGGGGGGGUGUCAUCCUGUUGAGUUUUGUGAAUCCAGUGGCUGGUAUAUUUAUCUUUCAUCAGGGACUUCACGCAAGCUUCCACGACCAUUACCAAAGGUUACUGACAUUUAAUUUACAUUUAAAUGCCUGCCUGCCUGUCUGUUCAUAUCUUUCUCUCACAACGUACUCACCAUUCACUUGUGAACAUUUAGAGUUUUAGGAAAUAUUUUUGAGCAAGUUCCUUCAUCACAAGGCAACCAUCUACUAAAAAGAAAGAAAAAUGGAAUAUAUGUUGGCAUUUCCUUGAUUGCUUUUGGUGUUAGUGUGUGACUUUCCAGAGUGACAAUACAAGUGUUAUCCCCACUACAAGUCAUGCACUAUAUAUAUAACAUCACUGAGUAUCUUUUCUCUCAUUUUCAUAUAAAUGUUUGUAACAUUUUCAUAUAAAUGUAUGCUAACUUUUAUGUGGACUUGCUGUAAGAUUUUUUAAAAGUAAAGUAUUUUUCCAA